CUUACCUCGCUCGCCGCUUCACCGUAAUUACUGCUAUCGAUGGUUUCCUUGUUCUGUCACUGGACUCGAAGACUUUGUACUUAAUCGAGGCGCAACCCUGCACUUCCACGUUUCCGAGUCGAUCAAUCACUGCUUGCUCUUGACAUCUUGUGUCAUUUCUCGCAUUCCUACCUUACUGGACGAUUUUCUCGGAUCCCCUACACGUGUUCCUCUGCCGUACACUGUCUGCUAACUUUCUGGGAUCACAUAGAAAAACUUCCGGUUCCGAAAACAUGCCAACACCGUUCCCCCCGGAGCUUCGUUCAUUCCUUUACAUUCCCCUCGGCUUUCUUGGCUUUUGAGUCAGUAAAGAAUGAUGCUAUCAACCAUAUACAGCGCUGAAGCUACAUAUGUACAUGGUUCAUUGUGGCGUAUCACAAUCGGUCGGCACUUUGCCCUGGGAUCCCUCCUUCGCUAAAAAGCUAUUUGUUCGACCAUUGACUCUGCCCUUGAAGCGCAUGAAAUGCCAUAAGAAGCUGCGCGAGCUUUUGCGUCACCUUUCACCGUUUCGACAGCACCACCUGAACCAUUUCCAGAGCCUGGUAGCUGACAAAUUUAAAGACAGGGAAUAUCGUCCUUUCGCCAUCUCCUCUGUUGCGCCUACGCUCAUCACCCUGCUACGAAGGCCACAGAUUAUGGGAACACUUAACUUAUCCCAGCCGAAGCGUCUCCCCGAUACCAUUAUCAUUGCGCUUUCAUGAUCUUACAUGGCCGUUGCUUUGAUGCUUUAAUUUCCUUCCUUCACUUCUUUGGCAACAGCAGAAAUAGAGGCUGAUUGAAGUCGGCAAUUUGUUCUUUGAGCUCCCGUGGCAGACACGUACAGUACUGGAUCUUGAACUGCCGGCCUUUCUUCUUCUUUCACUUUAUCAGAUGUAAACCGGGCCGAAAAACCCGUCGGCGGGUGGGACACUUGUUGCGCUCUUGCGCCGCAACUUGCAGAUGCGCGCUCAUUUCCACCCUUAGGACACCUAUCUUUAUCUCUUUAUAAGAUGACUUCUUAUCAUUUAAUAGAACAAUUGUAGCCUGGCGGCAGUGUUACUACUCAUCGAUCCAACUUUUCCUGUAUGAUUUUGAUUUUCUAGC